AUAACCAUUUUCUACUUAUUUAAUGUAAAAAAGUACAUGAUUAGAAAUAAUAAAAUUACGAUGGUAUCACGAAGUUUAACGGAGGUGUUCGUUUUGAUGCGAAACAAUGCUAUACAUAGUCGACAAAUGUUUUCCGACCAGGCAAGCAGUUCAGAAAGGGUAAUGUUGAUGCGUUCCGACUCUCACGAUCUGGAAUCCGGAGUUGAGCUGAGGUCAGAAUCCAGUGCUCCACCACCAUGGAGUGAUGUUUUGGAAGAGGCUCAUUACAUCAUCACCAGGUUGAAAACAAAAAUAUCUGAGUUACAAUCUCGUCAUGAGCGGCAGAUUAGAAGGCCUGCCCUGGAUGAUAGCACUGAGCAACAACACAUAGACAGAUUAAAUGCAGAGAUCACAAGACACUUUACACAAGCACAUUCUCGUCUCACUGCUAUUAAAGCUCAAGUUAGACAUGGUAAUAAAACUGAGCAAAAACUAGCAGCAAAUGUAGUUUUAGCUUUAGUUACAAUAUUACAAGAUCUGAGCGUUACAUUUAGGACUUCACAAGGGAACUACUUGAAAUCCAUAACUUCCAGAGAGGAGAGGUCAAAUGCCUACUUUGAUUUACCCAAUUUUGAAGAGCUAAGCUUAGAAGAUAAUGAACUCCUGCCCGGGCUUACAAAUAACCAAACUGAUUUGCUUUUCUCCUUACCAAGUUCAUCAGGUGCUCAGAAUUUCGAAGACGAAAAUAUAGACAGCAUGUUCCAGAAGCCAGCUUUAAAUCAAAAGCAGCUUCUUCUGAUGCAGGAGGAGAACACCAAAAUGAUAGCCGAGAGAGAGGAGGAGGUGAACAAAAUUGUUCGUUCCAUUAUGGACUUGAAUGAAAUUUUCAAAGACUUGGGUCAAAUGGUAAACGAACAGGGUACAGUGUUGGACCGAAUAGACUAUAAUAUAGAACAAACACAAGUCCAGGUUCAUGAAGGUUUUAAGCAGCUGCAGAAAGCCGAGAGAUAUCAGCGACAAAAUAGAAAAAUGCAUUGUAUCUUAAUCCUAGCUAUUACCUGCAUUGUAAUGGUUAUUCUACUGAUAAUAGUUAAAAGUUAGCUGGCCAAACGGAUAAAUAUUUGGAUACUGACUAUUGGUUCAGCAAAUUGGACUGCUGUAGGUAGUAAAUACACUGUUUUCCAAAUUGCUUUAAGAACAUUAUUAAAGAUGACACUGUCACAUAAAACAUUCCAUUAGUAUAAAAAUUCUACUGUUAGGUACAUUACACCACACGUGCCCACUGCAGUGCCUACUAUAGGUAUAAAGGGAUGGAUUUGAAAGUGGUCACUAGUCAGUGGCCAGCCCAAACUGUACCGCUCACAUUAGUUUGUACUUUCAAACCAGCAAUGGGUUGCUGCCUAAUACCAAUCUUUUUGCUCUAUAUAAUAUGUGGACUUGUAUUAUACUAGUUUUCAGUUGAAGUAUUCCAAUUUUAACAAUGUCCUUACUGCUGCUUUGAAUCAUGUGGUGUGGCGGCAUGGUAAUUUAAAUUGGCAUUAUGGCAGUUAAAAGAAAUAGUACAAUAGGCUUUUUAGGGUUCCAUAGUCAACAAGAAACCCUUAUA